AUGAUGUGCCAAUACAGAACACAACCCAGGAAGAUUGCUAUUAGCAUUUUGAAAGAACAGUCCUGGAAUCACGACUUUGCUUCGGCUUCCGAAAAAAUCGCCUCAAUCGAAACCGAUAAUUGCUUGGUGAACAGUGAUCGCGGUAACGAAUAUUUUCGUUGGGAUCCCUGGGCUUGCGCACUUUCCGGCUACACAGAGCAUCACUUCCUACUAACACAGUGCCCAACUGCCGUUUUCUAUGCCUGGCCAGUUGUACAGAUACGACUGAAUGCAUGCUGUGGUUUUGUUGAUCCAAGUAAUCCUCAGAACGAGAAUCGUGCAUCGUUACUGCGAACAUCGAAAAGCAAAGCGACGGUCUCACCGCUCUGUGGCGAAUCUCUCGGCCAGGAUAGCUACCUGUCGCUGUGGCAAAAAUAUCUUGUAAUGGCAUGUGCUUUGGCUCCACCACCUCCCGAUACAAUUAGCAGCACAUUCAGUCGAGGAUUCUCACCAACUUCAUCAGUGGACAACGAUGUGUUCCGGUCAUUGGCUUCAUCUGUACGUGCACCCCGAUCAUCCUCUGCUGCUAACACGAAUUUUUUCCAAAAAGUUGUUGCAAUGUUGCGCUGGGAGCAUAUGACGGACAUACGUGAUAGUGUUGUGCUGGGAAUCGGAUCAACAAAUCCUGUCGCAUUUGAGUAA